AUGGGUGAUGGAGAAAUCUCUGCAAUAAUGUAUCAAGAAAAUGCAUAUAUUUUGAAAUUUCCAGAAAUGAAAGUGUCAGACUUUAUACUUGAUGGUGAACGGAUUGUGCCAGCUGAACUCAUAGAGAUGAUUAAUAUAAAUGAUUUACCAGUAGUUAGUGAAGGCAUAGACAAGAGAGUAUGGACUGGUACUAUCACUGUACAUUUCACAGUAGCAUCAACAGUGGAAGUCAUGAGGCAAAAAUUCCCUUCUCUACAGUGGACUAAAAAGGUAUGGCACAAAUCUAUACAUCCCAGUAUAUCUAGCAAUGUUUGGAAACUAACUAGAAAUAUUUGUGCAACAGAUGAUAAUAUGAAGAAGAGAAAAUUCAAUAUGGUAUCAAGAUGCACAUUAUGUAGAAAGGAGGAGGAAACAAGAGACUAUAUACUUUGGUACUAUAACUAUAGUGAGAUCAUUUGUAGCUGGCUUGGUGGUAUUUUUAAUUUUAAAAAUCCAAGAUCAUUUGAAGAUAUCCUUCAGUUGGCAAAAAAACAAGAGUCCUGCUAUAAAAGAAAUAUGGCUAUUAAGUGCAUUUAUAACUAUGAAGGAACUCUGUAUGAUUUACAGGUACUCAAGUAUUUUGGUUUGAAGACAAGGGGUGUGAAGAAUCUGAUCAUUAAAGAAGUCUUUUUCCAGUUACCAGAACAGGGGAAAUUACUACUCUGCUGUGAUGAAGCCUCUAGAGCGAACCCAGGAUGUGCUGGUUAUGGGAUAGUGGGAAGACUUAGCACUGAAGAUUUUGUAAUUGCUAUUUCAGGUGGUCUGGGCAUUUCUACCAACUAUUAUGCAGAGAUUUUUGCAAUUUUAAUGGCAGGAGAAUGGGAAAUUCAUCAUGGAUUCAAUGAACUUGUCUUCGGAACAGAUUCCAAAGUUGUCAUAAGUGCUUUCUAG